AUGGCCGCCCCGGCAGACGCCGCCGCCGCCGCCGCCGCGCGCCGCGGCGGCGCACGCGCCGCGCGCCCCGGCGCAGCGUUGUGGGCCGCGGCGCGGCGGUGCGACGCCGCGGCGGUGCGCGCCGCGCUUGCCGAGGGCGCCGACCCGAGCGCGCGCAGCGCCAGUGCGGGGCGGCCAGCCCUGAGCUCGCCGAUGAGCGCCGCGGCCAUGUGCGACAGCCCCGAGGCGCUGCGGGCGCUGCUGGAGGCGCGCGCGGACCUGCACGCGACGGACCGCGAAGGGCGCACGGCGCUGCACGAGGCGGUGGCGUGGGAGAAGGCGCGCAGCGCGGAGGCCCUCUGCAGGGCCGGCGCCGGGCCCGACGUGCGGGACGAGCACGGGCUGACGCCGCGGGACCUGGCCGGGCGGCGCGGGAGCGCCGUGGCGGGCGUGCUGCCGCCGCCCCGGCACCCGUAG